CUCCUCGACAUCACAACCACCCACUACCUCACUACCUCAACCGCACUAUGCCGCCCCGCGUCGCACUGAUCACGGGCUGCUCCGAGCCGUCGAGUCUCGGCGCCGCGCUCGCGCUAGCGCUGCACCGUCAGGGGGUGAAGGUGUACGCGACUGCGCGGCGCGCAAGUACAAUGUCGGACCUCGCGGCGGAAGGUCUGAACCUCAUCGAACUCGACGUGACAGACAAAGAAAGCAUCCAAGCCGCCGUCGACGUGAUCGAGGCGCAGGACGGCCGGCUCGACAUACUCGUCAACAACGCGGGCGUGGGCGGGCGCGCGCCGCUGCUCGACGUCGACCUCGACCGGCUGCGCGCGCUGUUCGAGGUCAACACGUUUGCGCCGUUGGCCGUGACGCAGGCGUUCGCCGACCUGCUCGUCGAGGCUGGGAAAACGGGCCGGGACGCCGUCGUGCUCAAUGUCGGCAGUGGGGCCGUGUAUGGGCCGCCGUUUAGCGGGUCGUACGGCGCGAGCAAGGUGCGUGUGGGCGGGGGGUGGGAUGAUGCUGAGCCAGCGCAGGCAGCCCUACAGACGCUGUCGGACACGCUGCGCCGCGAGCUCGCCCCUCUGCGUAUCCGCGUGAUCACCCUCGAGCUGUUGAUGGUGUCCACGGCGAUGCUGAACCGCCAGAAGAUCUACGACCUGUUCAGGCCCACGCCGAGCGGGUACUAUGCCAACUGGCCCGCGAUCGAGGCCGACAUGCGGGGCGACAAGCAGCGCACGGGCGGUGCUGCGCGGGCAGCCGACGUCGCGGCACGCCUGGCGCGCGCGCUGACCAGCCCUUCGCCGCCGCGCAAGAUCUGGGACGGCGUCCCGAGCUGGCUGUUCCGCUGGGUCCUGCCGCUCCUGCCCGUGUCGUGGCUCGACUGGCUGUUGGUCAAGUCUGCGCGCGGGGUGCGCCUGGUCCAGCGGCCCGAGUAAGGAGGUGC